AUGGAAGGGCCGCGCCCGGAGGGCCUGCGGCCGCUGAGGGCCGACCGCGCGGAGGCGGCCGUGCGGGAGUUCGUGGACCAGCUGGAGCUGCCUGAUCGGCUGAGCCUCGCGCUGCUGCGCAAGCUGCGCUCGUCGGACUUCGGCUACGGCGACGAUUUCGAGAUCAAACGAGAGGAAAAUCAACCACCUGCAAUAAUCUGCAGCAAGGAGGUGACACCAUUCGAAGAUGUGUGGCUCCUGCCCCAUGCUGCCAACAUCACACGAAGUGCCCUGUACAUGAAGCUUGAGGAAGACACUGUUUUCCGCGAACAGUGUGCAAAGUGCAUGAGGCUGGACGAGGAAGCAGGCCCAGUGAGCACAGACAGAAUUUUCAACGAAUUUUGGCGGUGGGCUAGUCCAGGACCUCUUGGCCUUGUUGAUCCUGAGGAAUCGAGAAUAAGAGAAAUGCACUGGGUGUUGGAAUCCCCAGAAACGCUGUGGAUUCCACAUGCUGACGAUGGCAAUGUGGCAGUGUGGACUCUGUCACAAGACUUGGUGUCACUUGUCGCUGGCAACAAGCCUGGAGGACCCCACACAGUGUCCAUGUUGUGUGCCAUCUACCCUUUGAAGAGCGGACAGAAACUUAAACGCGAUUACCUCCCUGGCAAGAGGUCACUGCAGCGGGUUGCUCGCUUGGUGACUCUGAUUGGGGAAGACGCAAAGAGGUGGGCACAUCCAAGCGAACACGAUGGCCUUGUCCAAGUGUUUCGAUGCUCCUCUCCACCAAGCAUUCCCUUGUUGGAAUGUCGGCAGGAACAAGUUGAUCACAACGAUGCAAGGCCUCGUUUGGCGAUGACAGAAUUUGCCCCUGAAAUCAAAAAGGUGUUCACAGAUCAUCCGGUCAUUGAGGACGGCCUGGAGCACCAGGCCUUUGAACUGGUUGACAAGUUUGUGGACUCGAACAUCCUGUUUGUGCGCCACCCUGUCACCAGUUUCUAUGACCUGGGGCUUCGGAUGAUCAACCAAUUUCCACAUGAGGGCUCCCUGGUGUCCAGGCGCCUUGCUUUGCAAAUGAUCCGCUCGAUGUCGGUUGCCCGUAAUGGGGAUGGGCCAAACCCGGCAGGCGAGGCAAGCAGCAGGCAGCCUUGGUGGUACCCCCCAACAUUCAUCCUCAACACAGAGGUGAAUCAGUUUUUGGUGGCACACAAAAAGCAACAGGAGACGAACGAAGACAGCCACUGGCUGGUAAAACCUGCAGAUCCUGGCGGCGUUAACUGGUGCCUGACCAGUGACGCUGGCACCAUCGUGAGGCUUAUGGAGGAUCACGGGUGCUCCUGGAUUGUCCAGAAAUAUGUCCACCCACCACUUCUCCUGUUUGGGCGAAAGUGCAGCCUGGUGGUGCUGGUGGUAGUUCAGUCCAUGGAACCACUGUGUGCCUAUAUCUACAGAAAUUUCUACGCCAGGGUCGGCUCCAAGCAGUACAACUUGAAACCCAAGGACAUCGCGGACCCAGGGGUGCACCUGACGGACAUGGUGCAAGUGGAAGAAUGGAAGGGGGCCACUGCCAGUAAAGAGGAAGUCAGCAAGGCUGUGGAACAAGCAGGAGAACAAUGGGACAGCAUUCAUGAUAAGAUCGUUAGUGCUAUAAAGGAGAUUAUUAAAACCGCUGGAAAGCAGAUUGGCAGGUGGCCGAGGAGUCGUGCCGUCUACAGCGUGGAUGUGGUCGUUCCAGACAGGACCUGCCCAGGAGGCAUGCAGCCGCAGCUGGUGGGCGUCAAUUUUUCGCCAGACCUUUCCGUCGCCCAGCGCCACAACCCGUCAUUCUGCAAUGAGCUUUUUCAGACCCUGUUCCUUGAGGACAGCCCCGUUCCCAACUCGAUGAUACCCUUGCACGACGAGACCCCUUCUGUUGAGUCUCACCCAUGA